AUGGCAGCCUCCUCACUUCACAAGCUACUCUCAACACUAGCCUUUCUCUCAACAAUCCUCUCCUUUCCGGCUGCCGUGACGCCGCAGGAGUGCCCGUAUCCGUGUUACCCUCCGCCAAUAGGCCCCGGAGAUAACCCUCCAGUGGCCAUGACGCCGCCAUCUUCCACCACUCCACCUUCUUUCUCCCCUCCAGUCCUUUCCACCAACCCUCCCGCCGGAAUCUUCCCAUACAAUCCGCCAACCCCUACUUCUUACGGCGGCGGCGCACAGCCGCCGCCGGAGCCUAUACUGUCGUGGUUUCCCUAUUACUACAGGAAGCCACCACACCAAGAUCAGUCUUCAUCAACUGCUGCCGGAGGAGGAUCAACAGCUAUCCUCAUCAUUUUUUUUAGUUUUGUGUUCUUUAAUUUUGCACUCAAUUAA